AUGGACGAAUAUGACGAACUUUUCGAGAUAGAGGACCACUACGACGAGGAGUUCGCCGAUGAGCUCGAAGUUUUGGCUGAGAUGGAGAAGUCUUCCCAUCCGGCAAAGCGUCAGAAACUGGAUCCAGGAGACGACAUCUCAGACAUCGAGCACCUUCUGAAUGAUAAGGGCAACACUCCGAAGACAAAGCAACAGAAGCAGGAUGCAAGUGUGGUUAAGCGACUUUUCAGUUCGUCACAAACUCAACAGACGACAGCCCCAUCACAGCAUGAUGACAUCACACCGCCGUCCUCUCCUGAGCAAUAUGACUCUUCUCGCACCGUCAGGUCUACUCCUGCUGUGUUGGAUAUCAGUGGCUUGGCUGCUAUCCCUGAAACACCCAGGCGUCCUCACAGAGAGGCGCCAACAUCUCUGCAUGUGCUGAAGCGACCUCCUUUGGAGGGAGAAUACAUCAGUGUGACGGAUUCAUCAGGAAAUCGGGUCUACCUCAGACAAAAAGAGGACACAGGGUCCAAGGUAGCGGACUCUAGAAUGCUACCAAACUCUCAUGGUGGUCUGGGACUGUUGGCCGUCCCAAUUGGAGUGUUGCUAGAACAGGCGGCAGAGAGACGUCACCAGCAGGCAGUCGAAGAAUCAGUGCGUCUUACAGAAGUGCUGAGCAGCCAGGUGAAUGACGUGUUUGCUGAGUCGGAGAAUGCAGAAAGUGAAGAUACUGAGGACAAAGGGGCCAAAACUCGACUCUGGGUGGACAGAUAUUCACCACAACAUUACACUGAGCUUCUCAGCGAUGAUUUUACCAACCGCUGUCUGCUCAAGUGGUUGAAGCUUUGGGACACCGUGGUGUUUGGGAGAGAGCGGAAGUCCCGCCCUGUGCGCUCUGACAGAAUGGCUUCUAAUCAGAGCUCAUUCAAACCGAAUCAAGGAAAUCAGAAUCAAAAUCGCUUCAAAAGCAAAUCCGAGAUGACCGAGGAGCUUCUGGAGGCUGAACUGGACCAGUUCAAGCGACCCAAAUAUAAGGUGGCAUUGCUGUCUGGUCCUCCUGGUUUAGGGAAGACCACUCUGGCUCAUAUCAUAGCAAAGCAUGCUGGGUACAAUGUGGUGGAAAUCAAUGCCAGUGAUGAUCGCAGCACUGAGGUUUUCCAGAAACGCAUUGACUCAGCUACGCAGAUGAAAUCAGUUUUAGGAGCUAAUGAGCGGCCAAACUGCCUAAUUAUUGAUGAGAUUGAUGGAGCCCCUGCGGCUGCCAUCAACGUCCUAUUAUCAGUUCUGAACAGGAAAGACGGGCCCGGCGGGGAGGCCAGCGCAGAGACAAUGAAGAAGAAAAAGAAGAAGGAGCCCAUCCUGCUCCGACCAAUUAUCUGCAUCUGUAACGACCUUUACGUUCCAGCUCUCAGACCUCUCCGGCAGCAGGCCUUCCUCCUGACUUUCCCACAAACUCAGCCUUCCCGCCUCACGCAGAGGCUGUCAGAGAUAUCACUCCAGCAGGGCAUGAGGGCAGACACGGGCACUCUGAUGUCACUGUGUGAGAAAACCGACAACGACAUCCGCUCUUGUAUCAACACGCUACAGUUCCUCCAUGGCCGUGGCCUCAAGCAUCUGGACUCAAAGACGAUUCAGUCCGUCUCUAUCGGCCAGAAGGACCAAAACAAAGGCUUCUUCCAUCUGUGGCAGGAGAUCUUUCAGCUCCCAAGGACAAAACGGAAGCGUAUUGGUGAGGGUUUUGAGGAUGCCCUGGGUUCAGGAAGUGCGGCUCAAAGGUUCCAGCACAUUCUUCACCUCGCUUCUUCUAGUGGAGAGUAUGAAAAGGUGUCUCAGGGUCUGUAUGAAAAUUAUUUGUCUAUGCGUGUGAGGGACCCUAACCUGCACAGCGUGUGUGAGGCUCUGGAUUGGUUGGCGUUCUCAGACAGGCUGAACCAAGUGAUUAUGAACGGGCAGAACUUCUCCCUCAUGAGAUAUCUACCCUUCCUAUCCGUCACCUUUCACUUCCUGUUUGCGCACACACACGUGCCUCGCAUCAGCUAUCCCCACAGCUUCCAUGAGGUAUCGUCUCGUCUGCUCAGCAGCAGGAAUGCUUUGUCCACCAUGCUUGCUGACAUUCCAGCCAGCAUCAGAAGCAGAAUCAGCCAGCUGAACCUGACCCUCGAUUUUCUCACACUGCUUCUUGACAUCAUCUGUCCCAAACUGCGGCCAGUGAAUCCGCAGCUGUUCAGCAGCAGAGAGAAGGAGCAGAUGCACGAACUGAUCAGCACCAUGCUGGCCUACAACCUCUCAUACAGACAGGACCGCACACCGGAGGGGCAGUACACCUACGUGUUGGAGCCCCGGAUUGAGGAAGUGGCGAGGUUUCCAGGCCUACCACCACACCGUCAGCUGACUUAUCAGGCCAAACAGACCAUCAGCAGGGAGAUGGAACAGGAGAAGAUGAGGAGAGCCGAGCAGCUGAUGCUGCGGCGAAAUCCUGUAGUGCAGAAAGAAGAUGAAAAAAAGAGUGCUGGCCCUAAACCAAUAAGGAACCAUCAGCAGAGGCUGGAGAACAUCGUCAAACAGACCACGGUGGAGACCAGGCCGGAGCUGGACUUCUUCGGUCGAGCUGUUGUCCCCAAACCUGAGAAAGAGCAGCCAACCUCUGACACAGGUAAGAAGAGUGCAGUUCUUUCUAUGGGAACAGCAGUGGGCAACAGUGACGUGUGGUUUCGGUUCAACGAGGGCAUGUCCAACGCUGUGAGACGAAAUGUCUACAUCAGAGAACUUCUGUAA